UUACAGAUAAAAUUGUAUAAAGCAACAUAAAAAAAUAUAGGGAUUGGAAAGGAAACAUGAGAGCUAACUGCUCAUACCUCAAAGCAAUAGUUCUCCUUAUGGUAAAAAGUUAAAUUUAACUCCCCUGAAACCAAACUUACAAAAUGAUACGUGAUUUGCUUCCAGCAAACUUUGUACCGUUAGUCCAGCCAAGAGUUUCCCAGCCAAGAAGGCUUCUUGGUAAUCUAUCAGCAAUGGAGACUGCCUGCGUGACGAGUAUUCCUGCAGAGACUGAGGACGAAUUUGAAAUUGGACAUCAGGAGGAGCAGCCAGAAGUAGAUUCUGAAGAGGAACUUCCAGAAACUCCAACAGAUGUCAAAAUACCCGCUCACCGGAGUUGGGUUCCGACUAUUUACACUUAUGUUUCAAAGGAGUCCUAUAUGUUUGCAGGCUACGAUAUCACCAUCCACGAAUCAACCGAUCACUUUGGAGCCGUGAUCUGGCCAGGGGCAGUUGCACUGUGUCAUUUUCUAGAAAACAACUGGAAGGAGUUUGAUCUUAAUGACAAAAAUGUACUGGAAUUAGGAGCCGGAACAGGACUUUUGUCUGUUGUGGCUUGCUUACUCGGUGCUUAUGUAACAGCUACCGAUCUUUCCUGUACGAUUGGUAACUUACAAAGUAAUCUUAUGAGAAAUACACGAAACAGAAGCAAACAUCAACCUCAGGUUAAGGAGCUGGCUUGGAAUGUAGAUUUAGAUAAAAACUUCCCUCACUCUGAUGUUCAUUACGAUUACAUUCUAGCAGCUGAUGUUGUUUAUCAUCAUGACUAUCUGGCUGAGCUACUGGUCACUUUGGAUUACUUCUGUCAACGAAGUUGUGUCAUAUUGUGGGCAAACAAACUUAGAUUUGAAUCAGACUAUGAAUUUUUGGAAAAAUUCAAGUUAACGUUUGACACAUUCGUUCUGGUAGAAGAUACAAAUUCUGAAAUUGUAAUAAUUAAAGGGAUAAGAAAGUGCAAUAACAAACCGUAGUGUAAAUUUCACGCACGUUUUCAUAGCAUCAUUCUCAGUGAAAAGACUUGUUUCUUUUAAAUCCACUUAAUUAGAGAUAUAUCUUAUUCAAAGCAUAUAAAGUUUACAAAUGUAACACUUUGCUCAGUUCUAAUUCACAUGUUACCCUUAUCUUGUAUGGCAGCUGACAUUGUAACACUAAACUCUAGAAUAUAUUGGAAGAUUUUUCAAGUUACCAAUAGCUUGCACUCUUCAUCGCAUCGGCUGUGUUAGUUUUGAAUUUAUAGGUGACAUCUGCUGUAUAUUUAGUUAGAAAUAGCAUUUAGUGAAAGGUUUAGUCAAUUUAUUGAUCAGAUUUAUAUAAUCUGUAUAAGCUAAACAAAAUGAAUGUUGUAAUUACUAAAGAAAUACUUUAAUAUUGAGGUAAACCUAAUUACGAGGAUGUACAAUGAGGAUAUUUAAUCACUGAAGCAGAAACACAAUUUUCUCUAUCCUGUCAAAUUUCUUUCCUGUUUAUUAUGCAUCAUCAAACAUAGUGCAAUAUUAUAAGACAGUUUGUUUACAGCACGUUAACACAAUAUUGCCUUUCAUAUUCUGAUACGAAUUGAUUUUGCAUGCAUUUCUAUUAAAAUUUCAUUUUCUAUACUUGUUUCUAUUUUAUCAUUUAUUUCUUACCUGUAUGCACAUUUUGGAACCAUGGUUUUACUGAUAUUUCCAUGUUUUAAUCUGCCUGCCUUAGCCCAUAAUGUAUUUCAAAGGUACCAACACCUCGAAAGUAAAACAAAUGCAUUGAAAGUGCUUUUCAGGCACAGAAGUAGUUGUAAAGUUUGGAUUAAACUUUGCACUCAAUACUUAGGAAAUGGGCAACAAGAACAAAGGAUGCAAUGAGUUAAUGGAUGUGUGUUAAAUUAUUAGCCAAGACAAUGUACUGAAAUUAUAUAUUUAAUGCAGAUACUGUCACCGUUCAAGUUUGUUAAAACUUAUAUUAAAUGCUGGGGUAGAUUUUAAUCAUGGCUACGGAUAUGGGCCUGAACUGUUUCACAUGGUGACACUUCUGACCAGAUGCACAUCCUGUACAAGAGUGCAAAUGGGUCUCUCAGACUCCAACCUAGUGUAAUAUUGAACAGUCCCAUGGUAACUAAAAUGGGAAAGAGUUAAGUCUGAGCUGGUGCAGUUAACACAGGUCUGUUUAAAAGUCAGAGGAACAUCCAUACUGUUCUCAGACCCUCAUAAAUGAUUUAAACCAGUGCUCUUCAACCUGGGCGCUACCGCCCACUAGUGGGCAAUUUAAGCUUGCAGGUGGGCAGCAGAAUGCUGUAUUAAAAACAUCCAAAAUAUACAAACUCAAAUGUAUGAGAGAAUGUAUGUGAAAAGAAAAAGUUACCAUCAUUUUAGCAAAAAGUCUUUGAAUUAUGUAUUUUAAACUUUUAUGCUGGGGGGUUGGACAGGCUAGAUGCAGGAAGAUUGUUCCCGAUGUUGGGGAAGUCCAGGACAAGGGGUCACAGCUUAAGGAUAAGGGGGAAAUCCUUUAAAACCGAGAUGAGAAGAACUUUUUUCACACAGAGAGUGGGUGAAUCUCUGGAACUCUCUGCCACAGAGGGUAGUUGAGGCCAGUUCAUUGGCUAUAUUUAAGAGGGAGUUAGAUGUGGCCCUGGCUAAGGGAAUCAGGGGGUAUGGAGAGAAGGCAGGUACGGGAUACUGAGUUGGAUGAUCAGCCAUGAUCAUAUUGAAUUGCGGUGCAGGCUCGAAGGACCGAAUGGCCUACUCCUGCACUUAAUUUCUAUGUUUCUAUGCUGCAUUAAUUUUUAACUAUGUAAGAUAUUGUAAUGUUUAACCACCAUCAAACCCCCCGGGAGCUGUAGCAGAGCUGGUCUGGAGCUGGCACGAGCCCCCUCCCCGCCGGCUGUGAGCCCGGCCCAACACCUCCGUCCCACCGGCUGGUCCGGCGGGACGGUGCGACGCUGCUUCUCCGCGCUGGCUGUGGGCCAAACGACAGCCACUGGAAAAGGCGAGAGGCGCAGCGUAUGGUUACCGGCCUGCCAAGGUCGCUCUGUGACCUGGGAAGAUGCCGAGGGAUUCGGGUCCCACUCACUGUGGGGAGGGCAGGUUCAAUUCUCCACAGACCCAGAGCUCCCGCCUGAGUCGGUGCAGCGACAGGAAUCGCUGAGCAGCAGUUCCCGCAAAGUGGCGGCAGUCAACGGGAUAGAUGGCAGGACAGAGGAGGCAGGGACUGAGGAACGAGAGAGGGGCUUUCCCCCCCCCCCCGCGCCGGCUGCAAGUCCAGGGCCGCCACCCGACAGGGACGGGCAUGUCCAGCCGCCCUUCUGCAUGGACCAGUGGAGAAGGGAGAACUAGUGUCGCUAACUCCAGCAGAAGUUCAACAGCAGUUGCCGCAUGAGAGACCCGGUUCGAUCCAAUGUUUUUCUCCAGUAACCUAUGACCUGGGCAUGUGCAGUCGGAAUACCGAACUUGCUUAUACGCGUAUUGAACAUACAUAAAACAAGAAAAUUGUGCCAAAAGGUUUUCAUGUAACACGCCACUAUAUUGGUUCACCGGUGUACGUGUAGAUAUGCAGGAAUUUGGAUACUUGGGAAAUGGCAAGUGGGUGUCUGUGAGAAUGGGCUGAUGACAUCACUUUGCAAGCUGCUGACCUGGCCCCACUAAGUCUGGAACUUUGCAGAGGUUUCAGGAAGCUGCUGCACCUGUGACCCACUGGUUGCACAAAGUCUGGGCUUUUGCAGGAGCUCCAUAACACUGACGCUUAACGCAUGCUUGCGUUUGGUCCAGAAGGGUGGUUUGCACCGGGAAGUUUCUUAUUGCCCAAAAGAUUUCUACUUUGUUUCUGUGUCUUCCCACCAUCACCCGUGAUUGGUUGCCUUCAAUGGUAUGUUUCUCUAUGUACUAAGAUAACCAUAUAAUAUAACCAUAUAACAAUUACAGCACGGAAACAGGCCAUCUCGACCCUUCUAGUCCGUGCCGAACACAUAAUCUCCCCUAGUCCCAUAUACCUGCGCUCAGACCAUAACCCUCCAUUCCCUUCCCAUCCAUAUAACUAUCCAAUUUAUUUUUAAAUGAUAAAAACGAACCUGCCUCCACCACCUUCACUGGAAGCUCAUUCCACACAGCUACCACUCUCUGAGUAAAGAAGUUCCCCCUCAUGUUACCCCUAAACUUCAGUCCCUUAAUUCUCAUGUCAUGUCCCCUUGUUUGAAUCUUCCCUACUCUCAGUGGGAAAAGCUUUUCCAUGUCAACUCUGUCUAUCCCUCUCAUCAUUUUAAAAACCUCUAUCAAGUCCCCCCUUAACCUUCUGCGCUCCAAAUAAUAAAGCCCUAACUUGUUCAACCUUUC